UUAGGGCUUCGUCGGUGUGGGAGUGUAGAGCAAGAGAGGGGCGGGGUCGCUAUUUCCUUUUCGCAGCUGCUGCAUCUCGAGACAGUGAGUGCAGUGCUGCAAAUUCGUCGCGGCUUGGACGAUCAACAGGACGCAACCAUGAAGGAGAGCGAUGUGCAGAUGAUGCUGGCUGCUGAUGUGCACCUCGGCACCAAGAACUGCGACUUCCAGAUGGAGCGCUACGUGUGGAAGCGGCGCUCCGAUGGUAUUUUCAUCAUUAAUGUGGGAAAGACUUACGAGAAGCUGGAGCUGGCGGCGAGGGUGAUUGCUGCCAUCGAGAACCCUCAGGACAUCAUUGUGCAGUCCGCGAGGCCGUACGGGCAGCGCGCAGUGCUGAAAUUUGCGCAGUAUACGGGAUGCCAGGCUAUCGCGGGAAGGCACACGCCCGGUACUUUCACGAAUCAGUUGCAGAACACGUUCAGCGAGCCCCGGUUGCUGAUCUUGACGGACCCUCGGACUGACCACCAGCCUAUCAUGGAGGCAGCGUUGGGGAACAUUCCCGUGAUCGCGUUCUGUGACACGGACUCUCCAAUGAAGUAUGUGGACAUUGCAAUUCCCGCGAACAACAAGGGCAAGCACAGCAUCGGUGCCCUUUUCUGGCUUCUGGCGCGCAUGGUUCUGCAGAUGCGAGGCACAAUCAGCGCCGCGCACCCAUGGGACGUGAUGGUGGACCUGUUCUUUUACAGGGAGCCCGACGAAGGCAAGGACCGCGAGGACGAGGAGGGAGCAGCAGUGGAGUUCGCGGCGGUAGAGUACGCUGCGCCAGCGAUUGGAAUUGGAGGUGAUGCACAGUGGGGCCCAGAUGCCGCGGAGGCUGGGCAAUGGGAAGCGGAUGCAGGUGCUGCGGCGCCUGGAGGUGCCCCGGCUGGUUGGGACAUGGGAGCUGGCGCUGGUGCUGGUGCUGCCCCAGUUGCCCCGGCGGGUUGGGAUCCUGCGGCACCUGCCGAUGUAGCUGCGGCACCCGCGGGUUGGGAGCCGGCUACUUAAUAACUGGUUUGAGAAGACAGCCUGAAAUGGCUUUCAUUCUGUGGGCCGAUUCUUUUCCGGAGGCUCAAGUGUUACUUAUUUUCGCUCAAAGCUUCAAAUCACAAGUUUCUCUCUUCUCUUAGUCAUUUUUGUCCUAACUUGAAUGUUUUCCAGAUUUUAGAACAUUUGCUUCCAUCAGAGUUUCUGAGUUGUGGUGCACGGUGAGAUUCGGACUGGACCAGUCGCUCUCUAUCGUGUCAUCCUUGUCAACGGUUCGUUCUUGGCUUUUAACUUUGCGUAAGCUCUGACAUUCAAUGCC